UAAAGACCGAGGGAAACUAGCAUCCGAUGUCAUGCUAGAGGGGACCAUAUCCAAAGCGAGGGCUUCGUUUGACGUCACUGCCUCAGAUAAUGGGGUCAAAUUGACAUGUGAAGUCAGCAACCCUGCCUUAAAAACGCCCCUCGUGACUUUCACCAAGAUAAAACUAAAAUUUGCGCCAUGGAAGGUCAACGGAUGGGUGAGGCCAAGCGAGGUCGACGCAGGGAGUAUGGCGACCUUGGUGUGCGAGUCUUCGUCCAGUCUCCCGGAAUCUACACUUUCCUGGCGCUCCGGACCAUUGACUCUGCAGGGGGCCACUUCGAUGUAUACUCCGGGUCUCUACGGCGGCACAGUUACUAGGUCUGAGAUGAGCAUGAAGGCUCUCAUGGAGGACAAUGGACGAACCUUCCAUUGUGACGCCCAGAACGGCCUGGGAGUUGUUCUUUCGACAAACAUAUCACUGGAUGUGCUGCAUGGGCCAGUUUGGAUGUCGGUGCCGAGAGGAACCAUCGACGUCCACGAAAAAGAGGAUCUGCUUAUGACGGCUUCAGCGACUGCGAAUCCUCCGCCAGUUAAGUACAGCUGGUGGCACGGUCCCCUGGAACUGGAGGGCCAAGUGGAGCCUGUCGCUGGAAGAGGCGAUGGUCAACAAGAAGGGCGCCUUGAGAUGAGACGGGUCCAUCGUCAGGAGUCAGGAGAGUAUUCUGUCACUGCAACGAGCCCCAGGGGCGAUGCCACCGCCUCCUUCGUCAUUAAUGUCCAGUAUGGUCCUGAGAACAUAGUCACAUCCAGACGGGUGACGGUGGAUGAAGAGGGCUCAGCUUCCGUCCUCUGCACAGCAGUUGGCAAUCCCACGCCAAACGUGACUUGGGUUAGACAAGAGGAUAACAGAAGCAGUGGUGCCGAGGUUCUCUCUUGGGGCAUCGGGGAAUCCAGACUCUCGAUCGAAGGGGCGACCCGAGCAGACACUGGGUUCUACUUGUGCCUGGCCUCGAAUGUCGUCUCCACAGCGGCACCGAUCCGCUCGGCCGUCGUCGUGACUCAAAUUCCAGAGGUUCCUGACGAAGUGGAAGAAGGUGAAGAGUCCUACCUGAGGCCCUGGGCUAACUUAGGGGGAACGGGCCGCCUGGAGUGCAGCGUUAAAGCAGCCCCUUUGCCAACUUUCAAGUGGACCAUCAACGAGGACCGAGUUCUGUUGAAUGACCGGAAGUAUUUCAUAAGGGUGCCUGAGCUUGUUGAUGGCUUAGUGGAAUGGUCGUCAGUCUUGGAAAUCAAGAACAUAUCGCGCAAGGACUAUACAACUUACACCUGUAUCGCAACCAAUUCCAGAGGAUCCUACAUUGUGAAUUAUACUCUUGGCUCACCGGUACCUCCAAAUCCACCGCAAUAUCUGAAUGUAACGACCGUGGAUGGUAAAGCAGCCUACCUCUCGUGGGUGCCCGCGGGUGAAGGGACACCACCUGCCGGGUACACCAUUAUGUAUCGGCAGAAGAACGGAGGAAAGUACACGAAAAAGGAUGUCACCAGAGGAGAUGUCACCACGGCGAAGAUACAAGGACUGGCGCCUGGCACAGUUUACGAGUUCCUAAUACAAGCGCACAACGCUCAGGGAAGGUCUAAUUACACCUCCUCACGCGCUCAGAUUCCACGGCCAGGAAUCGUCGAAGGAAUUGCCGGCAGCAGCAGCAACAUCAGCAACAGCAGUAGCAGCAUUCAGCCGGGUGUUCCUCUCCUGACGCUGUUCCUUACCUCCCUAACAGGCGCAGCCUUGCUGGUUCUGAACGUCAGCAUCAUCGUCUGCUACGUCAAGCGCUUCGUUCUGAAGAGGAACAAUCCAGCUGUUUCUGAAGCCUAUGGGCCUCCUCUGACACCUGUCUCGGAUCCUGAUACUUGGAGAACUGAAAGCAAAAUCUCUAUAUCAUCUCAAGUGAAUUUUCAGUUUACUAGUCAGUCGCCCGUGGCUGAAGAAAGAAGAAGAUUCUCCUCAAGAACCCAGAGUCUCGUUACAGAAAUAUCAGAAUAUCAAAAACAUGAAGAAACACCUCUAACAACAAUACCAACUUCUUAUUAUUUCAUCAGUACAUCCAGUCCUCUCAGUAACUGCAGAAAUGACCUGAUCAAUGGAGGAUUGAAUUUUACAGCCGGAAAGUCCCAGUAUUCAAAAUCUCUGAUAAAUUUUAAUGAAUUUAUGACAUCCGGGGAAUCACAACCUGGUCUAGAUGAUGACACUUUUAGAAGGAUGAAAGUAAGGAUUCAGUCUCCUGACAUCCCUGAUGUGUGCCCCAAGAGUCCUACAUUAUGCCCUUCAUUGCCUCGUCCACAGAGUUGUGAAAGGAUAGUGAGUCAACUUGAGGAUAAUGAAGACAGAAUUUCUUUGCUGUCAAAUCACAGUAGCUCCUCUUGUAAAGGCAUUCAGGAGCAAGUAUGUGGGUUCAGAUCUCACAUACCUAACAGCAACGUGCAUCAGGACAACACAAGAUGCCCAACAGCCAUACAAAAGUCAGGAAGAUUAACUUCAUCUUGUCAUGACAUCAGAAGAGAAGCUAUAGCUAAUAAACCACGCUUAGGUCCUUCUUUCUCCAACAUUUAUUGCUCAAAUACACUCACUGCACAGGUCAUAUAUCAUGGUCAGCCACAUAUUCAGCAACAACAUGAAGAAGAACAGAAACGUGAGCAUUUGAAGCAUUUGCAACCCCAGAAUCUUCAGCAACAACAAAUGUCACAGCAACACUGCUUUCAACUAGAUCAUCAACAACAAUCCACAGAAAAUACACCAGAUCAUCAUAGAAUCAUUUAUCAGUGGCCUGACCACCAUUACCAAGAGGGUCUGCAGAACCUAGAUCAGCAGAGUAAUCAUAAUAAUCACCGUUAUCCUGAUCAAGAUCAGCAUAAUCGUCACGAUGAAGUACAUAAACCCUUAGAAAAUCAUCACCAACAUCGAGACCCUCCUUGUCAACAUCGAAAACUCAAUGAAAAUUUCAGGUUUCCUGAAAAACUGCCCUUAAACCAUAGAGAAUUAGUUGCUCCUUGUUGUCCAACCUCAGAAAGCAGAAUGUUUUACCAAACAUUGCCCUGCUGUCAUCAGUCUAAAUUCUAUCUCCAUCUGCCUAAAUAUCUUCACAAUGAGCAUGCUCGAUACCAAUAUUUAGGGCAUCAAAGCCCUGCAGUCCCACAGCAAAUAUUUCAUAGUUUGCCUCGUAAAAUGGAACACUAUCAAUCUGAAGACAUAGAGUCUCCUAAACUUCACAGAGUCACUCAUUUCACAAGAUCAUCGACUCCUCAUCUCUAUCGUCAUUACUGACCUCCACAGAAUCUUUUUAGUAAUCCAGUAAGUUAUUUGCAAAGUGAGCACAGUUGUCUGACAUCGUCAGCUCAGUUUCAUAGAGAUUCGGCUGCUGAACAUUCCUUCAGUUACAGGAGAGAAACUCCUGUUUUGUAUUCCAGAAUGAAACCUAUCAGCUCUCAAUAUACUGGAUAAGACCUAUGAAGAUAAUGAUUAUGGCAAUUUUGAAACUACUUUAGAAUUAUGAGCACCAUCGUAGGUUAAUGGUACAAGGAAUCAUCCCACUCAAAGGUUGCCAGGUUUAUAAUCAGUGUGACCUUCUUUCUCAGUUUUGUAUCAAAUGCAUUCUUUUGUAACCUGAUAAAUUAUGUCUUGUAUCAUGA